CGAAGACUCGUAUGCCUAGAAACAGCAAGCAGGGUGAUGACGAAAAUCGGAGGACUUGACUAUCCUCACGUUGGAUUUUAUCUCAAGUUCUCAUUUACGUGGGCGAGCGAACAUGGCAUUUAAAUAGUAAAAGUGUAUGGCAGUAGUCCCAUUUCUUAAACCGUUCCCGUGAAGCCAGCUGCGGUGCUCAGCAUGACGAUCGUGCCGUGCUUGCUUGUUUGCCGAGUGAGAAGGUAAAGGGACAGCUGCAUAGUAGCAGUUAAGGAUUGCUUGACUUUUCCACUUUAAGGGUUUUGUUUUUUCUUCUCCACUGCUCACCUUGGUUGCAUCUGGUACCUUAGAAGAUCUUUCAUUCAAUUUUUAUUUUUUUUUUCUUGAAGGCAUGUCAGACGAUUACAGAUGGAAAAUGCAAAGCCAAGAAAAGUCUUUUUUAAGUAUUGCAGAAUAAGGAAAUAUGGCCUGAAUGAGGUUGCCUGUGCCACAUAAAUGCUUUGAAGUUUUGUAAUGGCAGAAGCUAGGUCUUCAGAAAUAAAAAGAUCCCGAAUAAGUUUGUCACUCAGUAAAAAUAAGAAAAAAAGAGGAUCAGUAAAAAAAGUGGAAAGUAAAGGAACACCAUCUAUACCUGCAGCAUCCUCCUCUAUUGUUUCCUUUUUUAACAAUGUGCCCCCUGCCAAAAUUAAAUGUCCCAUGUGUGGGCAAAUGGUGCCAAGAUAUGGAAUAAAUGGGCACAUGGAUGAAACAUGUCAGAGAAAACACGGUGAGAUUGGUGUCAUUGACUCAACACUCGACUCUUUUAGGAAUUGGAGUCCCCCAGCUGCAAGUCUGAACAAUAAUUCCAGCUCAUAUUUUUCAAAAAACCUCUUAAAUCUAGAAACAAGUCCACCCAAAAGCAGCUUAUUGAAAACAGAAGGGAGUGCAGCACAACAGAUUAGUCCUUACUUUAGCAAUAAUAGUUCAGUCUGUAGUGUUAACAAUGAACCACGGGCUCAGACAGUUAAAAUAGUCUCUUUGGGAAGCUUAGCAUCUAAACUGUCCAGAAGACGUUGUAUCCAGAGAGGAAAACAGAUCGUGUAUAAAGAGAUCGACUCUUCACCUCCAGCUGUUCACAAUACGUGCAAAAGUGCUGUAGCAUGGGAUGGUGAUGAUGGGAUUUAUACUGGGCAUAGUUCUCAGAAAGAAAAUCAGCUUGCUCAGAGGGAGCGCCAGGAACAGAAUUUUUCAAAGAAGGAACUGGAAUUUCAAGAACAAGUAAACAAAUGUAAUGGAGAAGACCUUGCAGAUAUUGUUCAGGUAUCAUUACCAGCUGAUAACAUUAAUGGCAGAAGGUUACCACCUGGUACAAGGAGCACCAAAACAGCAAGUAGGUCUGAAGGUGUGAUACUUAGUCCUGAUAAAUUUGAAACACAUCUAGCCAUUCAUACUUCAGCAGAACUGACCAAUAGUUUGGAAGUCAAGACUCAGCCUCAUGCUCAGGUUGUUCCUUCUUCCAAGACAGAAGUGAACUGUGGUACACAAAAUUGCUUUAGCAAGGGUGAUGUACAGGUACUUCCUGUGGAAGUUCAUGAGGACUUUAAGGAUGAGCUUAACCAUACUUUGUCAGAAACUGUGGAAAAGGUAGAAUUUCAAAAUUCCAUUGGGGACAUUUUAGACAAAAUAAAUGAGGUUAGCUCUGUGCCUAGCUCUCCUGGUCACCCGUAUUACCUCCAGAAUUUUUUAGUGGUGCUGCGAGCAGUCUUAGAAAACGAAGAUGAUGCCAGACUCUUUGAUGAGCAAGAUAUGAACGUUAUAACCAAGUUCUGCAACUUAUCAGUUGGUGGGCAGAAGUUAUAUGUGAGACUUUUUCAACGCAAGCUGAACUGGUUAAAGGUGAACAAAAUAGAGUAUGGAGAGAUAAGUACGGAUUUGUCACCAAUAAUUGAAGAACUGGCUGAAGCCAGAUUUCUGCAAACAGAAUCUGAACUGGAAGACCUGUGUGAAGGGUUGGAUUUGCUUUCAGCCCCUGAGCUAAAAACAUUGGCAAAGAUCUUUCACUUGCCAAACCCAAAUGGUCAGAAACAGCAACUCGUGGAUGAUUUUCUGAGGUUGGCGAAACAACGUUCAGUCUUCAGUAGGAGUCAGGCUGGUAUUGGGACAGUGAUUUUAAAAAGGGUGAAGGACCUGGCUGGAAAAUCUGUCAGGGUCUGUAAAGGCCCUCGGGCUGUCUUUUCUCGAAUUCUGCUGCUAUUCUCACUGUCUGAGUCAAUGGAGGAUGAAGAAGCUGGUAGUGCUGGUCAAGGCCAGCUCUCUACAGUCCUUAUGGUAAACAUGGGGCGUAUGGUAUUCCCCAGGUACACUGUAAACAGGAAAACGCAGGUCUUCCAGGACAGAGAAGAUCUUAUCAGGUAUGCAACUGCUGCUCAUCUGUCGAAUGAUAUAGCCACUGCAAUGGUAAAUGGGAACUGGGAGGAAGCUAAUCAUCUAUAUAUGUGUGCUAAAGAAACAUGGAACGAACUGAAAAAUCACCCCUCUUUGAGCUAUCACAGAGUUUUACCUGAGUAUCUGCGACAUUUCACAGUUGGCUGGGUGUAUACAAGAAUCCUUUCUCAAGGUGUUGAAAUUUUGCAGAGACUUCACAUGUAUGAGGAAGCGGUGCAGGAGCUGCAGACUCUUCUGUCUCAGGAUGUGUAUUGCACUGACAGCAGAGGGCGAUGGUGGGAUCGCCUUGCUCUGAAUUUACAUCAGCACUUGAAAAACACUAAGAAGGCCAUUGACUGCAUUAGAAAUGGGCUGGCAGACCCAUUUGUACGUACUGGGCAUCGUCUCUCUCUCUACCAGCGGGCUCUGCGAAUCAGAGACUCGCCAAGCUGCAAGCAGUUCAGAUACCUGUUUUUUGAUCUGCCAGUCAUAACUGUGGAGGAUGUGACACAUGUUACGAUCAAAGGAAAGAUGUGUCCUCAGAUGGGAAUGGGAAAAUCUGUAUUUCUAAUGGAGGAUAUUGGUGAUGAAGAAGGAGGUGAAGAUUUCAGUGUAUCCACAGUCAUGUGCUCAGUUGAGGAGCUUGCGUUAACUCAUUACAGACAGAAUGGUUUCGAUCAGGGUAUUCAUGGGGAAGGCUCAACGUUUAUUACGCUGUAUGGUAUUCUAAUGUGGGAUAUCAUUUUCAUGGAUGACAUACCUGAUGUUUUCAGAAAUUCCUAUCAGACAUCCCCCCUGGAUUUAUACACUGACAGCUUCUAUGACAACAGGAGGGAUGUCAUUGAGGCCAGACUCCAGGAGCUUCAUACAGCUUCCUCAGAGACACUGGCAAACUUGAUCGCUGACAUCUGGACCAUUCAGGAGGGAAAAGCAGCAGCACUAGUUAACUGGGGGCGUUUUAGUUCCCUCCAGCAAGUUCAGAGCCUUGUCUCUUGCCUUGGAGGAAUGUUUCUGAGCGGUGUUUUUAGGCGACUUUCCAAAGAUCUACGCCAUUGCAGAGGGGGACUUCCUGACCUGGUUGUGUGGCGUACUCACACUAAUCACUUCAAGCUAGUGGAAGUGAAAGGUCCCAAUGAUCGCCUGUCCCACAAGCAGAUAAUCUGGCUGAGUGAACUGAAGAAGCUGGGCGCUACAGUAGAAGUUUGUCAUGUGCAAGCCAUUGGAGGCAAGAGUAAACGCCUCAGUUGACAAUCACAUUGUCCCUGCUUUUCUUGGAAAAAACAAACACACAGCCCCUGCUAUUUUUUUUGUUGUUGUUGUUAGAGGAAGUUAAAGAAAACCACCUGAAGUUUGCUGUGGAAAGGUAUGGACUUUUAUUUAGUCUAAUUUAUUUCACAUUCACAACUCAGCAUCAGGAUUUUACAGUCUUCCUGGCACUGCUACUUUACUCAAUAAAUCAUUAUCAGGCACAAAGGUUUUAGUUUCAGUUGAAAUAGUGAGCUCUAAACCAUCACAGCAACAGCAUUAGAAACCUACUGCCUAGAGCAAUUUGAGGUACAGAUUUCUGUCUCUUAUGUUAGAGGCAAAGUUAAGAUUUUGUCCUUUGCUUAAAUUAAAUAUAUGUUAGAAAUUUUUUGGUUUUAAUGUCUUUCCAUCUGAGAGUAAGCCAAAACCUUUGCCCCACUUGCUACAUUUUCAUUAAAAAUACAAGGCAGUUAAUAUCAAAGUGGUAUUGCAGGCAGGUGCACAUUAAACACACGUGCAGGCCUGGGUAUACAUAUACACACAAACGCACAUUUUUCAAAGCAUUUCUGGAAUGAAAGAAAUCUCUUCAAUACAUGGCAGUAAAUGGUGAAUAAAGUUGUACUGCCAUGAUCACUAAGUCUACAAUAAGCUCUACCUCACAGUACUUAAUGACACUGGAGGUACACUUUUAACCAUAUCAACCAGCGUUUCAUAUUCCCCCCCCGCAUGGUUUACAGUGUAGUACAAAAGUCAUGAUAUAACAGCUAGUAACAGCCAAAAUAGUGCACAUUUUCUAGAAACAGACAAAAAAAGAUGAGCUGCUUGGUAGUUUCUCUACUCUUGCAACACCAAAAUGGCAUUAACAGUAUCUUGUUUUAAAUGGUGAACAGAAAUUAAAAUUUGAAAAUGUGUACAUAUAUAUAUAUACACACACACAUAUAUAUACACACACUUUUAUGUCAGUACUCUGUACAUAGAAGGCAAAGAUACAUACUCAAACCCCAAAAUUGCUUUUGAAAGGUACAAAAGAUGUUCAGAGCAGUCCCUACUGACUAUUGCUAAGGCAACUGUGCAGAGUGGAGAAAAUUUUAAAAUUAACACUUAGUACCUGUCUUUCAAAAGUAAAUUAAAAAAAUUAAGAUGUUUAACUUAAGAGGAAGAAAAAACAAACACAAGCACGCAUGCACACACAGACACACAGUAGUUGUUCAAAUUCCCCAGAAGGCAAGGCCUGUACAACCCUGAGGAUGCAGAACCUUGUCUAUAUUUCCAGGGAAAGGUGGAUAGCUCCCCUUCCUCCCUGCAGGAGGUGCCCCCAUCUCUCCCCCACGCUUAUCACCAACUCAGCCUCUGCUUGCUUAACUCCCCUUUUUGAGCUGUGUAAAAUUUCUUUUUAAGUCUGUUUGGCAAAUAGAUAUUUAGACAGCUUUUAUUAUAAAGGCAUAUUAUUUUUAACCCCCUCCCAUGCUAUAUAUAUAUAUAUAUAUAAAAAAUACAAAGACCAUCUGCAGCAUCUGUACACAACUUAGAACUGAAAUGUUAAAAUGUCUGAAAUCUCCUUAUAAAAGACAAUCCUGUUUAAAUAAGUACCCAUUUUUUCCCCCAAAGGGUACUAGCCUAAACAUUAAUUUUUUUUUUUUUUUUUUUUAAUUCCACCAGCUGCCUGUGUGGAAUAAUUUAUUUACACGUUUUUUGGUACCUUUAAACCAAAAAAGUUACACUUCUAAGGAAAAAAAGAAAAGUACACCAUAGUUUUUAACUGUAAUUUUAAAAAGAAAAAAAAAAAAUUGGUACCAAAAGACACUAAGCACACAGGUUGAGGUCUUUUAUGUCAAGUAUCAGGGCAGGGAAAGCAGUAAGCUAAUGGAAAAAAAAAAAAAAUCACAAAAGCAAACUAAUACAAACAUUUGAAAUAAUAUAAGUCAGAUGACUGCUUCAGCAAGUUGUAAAUGAACACUAGUUUGUGGACCAUUUAACAUGCUCAGACCGUCUUGCAGCAUAAUUAGGCCAUUGAGGUGAAUACACGUUUCUUCCUCACAAACUGUUGACCAGAACCAAUCUGGCAUUAUGUCAUAACAUGCAUGUGCGUGCCCGCAUGCAGAUGCGCAUAUGCACAUGCAUGCACACACACGCUCAGCUGAUUUGCAUAAAAAAGGGGGGUUUGGUUAGUUAAAAAAGGAAGUCUACCCCACACCUCACCUUAACUCACCUUUACAAUGAAACUGCCCACUUAUCGCCACCAAACCAAACACAGUGUGAGAAAGCAGCAUAGCCAGUACCCCCAACAGCUUUGUACCUUAGGUAAUUUUUAGCCUGGGGAAAACAGGGUCCUGUAUGCACUGGACUUUUCUAGCACAAAGCUUGCACCUAUAAGGCCACUCCAGAUGCGUAGUCUCUAAAAUAAAUCCUUGAGCAAUCUUAGCCAUCCAAAACCCACGUUGCAAUUUAGGCUGUGCUGAAGACCAGUUUGGUUUUACAAACAAAUGAAAAGCUCCAAAUCCCAUCCCUCCCUGCCUUUUUUUAAACUGUAAUAUACUGCAUAUUAUUAUCGUACAGCUUUUUCACCCCCCUCCCCGAUAACUGAGAAUAGCUUAUAGUCUAUCAUACAAGGCCUUCGGUGCCUUAACCUGAGUCAGCACCUGAAUAGAAGCUUGGCAUUGGUUCAAUAGCAUUUGUGUUUUACACAGAAAUCAGUUAAUACAAAAUACAGCCUCACUGUUAAGAGAAGGCAGCCAACAAAAGCCUUAACUACGAGAAUGACACAUUACUAUUCCUCCACUCUCCCAGUAUACUUUCUUGGUUUUCUCCCUAUGAAACUUGAGACAUUUUCUGGCACAGCAUCCAGGGGAGAGGUAUCAUUUAAAAGCUUUUAGAGUGAAGAGGAGGCUACUGCAUUAAGCAGAGGAGGCUGUUGGAUUUAAUUCCCUCAAGCAGCACUUGUCCAUUGCACUGUCCAUAUGGACAUGCAUGUAUGUAAGAAGGCGGCACCACUAACCGCUCUUCUUCCAGCACCUACUUACAAGUGACAACAGCACUAGCACCCCUCGUGGAUUUGGCCACUUGGAGCAUGUCCUCCUUUCUGGAACCCAGUAGGGCUUAAGUAUGAAUUCUGCUGAAAGCUACUUCAUCCUGCAACAGGAUGAGGAGAGGGUUGGCAGGGAUCAGGAUCCAUGCAGGGAUACAAUGCUGAGUAUUUGAGGUGCUUACAUUAAAAAGUGAGGCUCUCAUGAGACUUAGAAAUGAGCUUAACCUUAAAGAGGAAAAACCUGCUGUCUCUUGAGCUGGCCUUCUGUUAUUUCCAGAAAUGGAGAGGAGGAUGCAGGGGAUGGAACAAUAACUUACCGUAACAACGUACUGUAAAAAGUUGGGGGCAAAGGGUGUCAGGUCAGCUGCAUUAGAGUAAUCUUGCUACUGUUUCCUCCCGAUUAAAGGCACUUCUAAAGCUACUGCAAUACCAUAUCUACAGUAAUGUUUUAAGGUUAACAGUGCAUUGUCCUGAAGUUGAUUCCUAUAGUCUAAAGUCAAGCUCAUGACAAAGAGCACAAAUCUGACUAAAUGUUAAUGAAUACCUUUUGGGGAGAGAAAGAAAAGGGAACAACCACCCCAUGGAUACACACUGCAUUAACACAUAUGUAGGAUGAUCCAAGUCACAGAACGUUAGUAUGUAUCUAUGUAUGUAUGCACGUAAGUAUUCUUCCUGAAGAGGCAAUCUGAUAAAAUAGCUUGUUCCCAGA